GGAGACGGGACGCGGGAGAGCGAAGAGGGGGCGGGGCUUGGGCGCCUCAUUAUCGAGCCGCUUGCUGCGCCGUUAACUGCGCGAGAACAACGGAGAGAGCCGAGCUAGCCGCGAAGGACGAACUCUGACUUGGUGCUCUUUGGAUUUGGAGGUCACAGACGUGGACUAUGAUCGAGACCAUCGAUACCCAGCGUGCUUUGCAGGCUGUCGAAAGACUUCAGGCCAAACUAAAGGAGCGAGGGGACAGCUUCAACGAAGAGAAAAUCGGCUUGCUGAAGAGCGUCCUGCAGAGCCCGCUGUUUCACCAGAUCUUGUCUCUUCAGAGCUCAGCUCAUCACCUCAAGGAGCAGACAAACCCACCAUCGCAGUCUAUAAGCAAUGAGGGGUCCUCUGUUGUCAGCGCCAACUCUCCCUCAACCAGAAUCCCUCCAAGUGACUCUUAUGUGUUGGCACAGCAAAAGGGAAGUCCUGAAUCCUCGACCUUCUCAUUGUCCUCACAAAUCAAUGGAAAGCCAUCUUUGGAUGAGUUUGAUGGCCUCAUCAAGUCGAUGGCACAGGGUCGCCAUGUUGAGUUCAUCGAGCUGGUCAAACCUUCCUCCGGAGGCCUUGGCUUCAGCGUGGUGGGCUUGAGGAGCGAGAACAGAGGCGAGCUGGGCAUUUUUGUGCAGGAAAUCCAGGAGGGCAGCGUGGCACACUGUGAUGGGAAGUUGAAGGAAGCCGAUCAGAUCUUGGCCAUCAAUGGUCAAGCGCUUGACAAAAGUAUCACUCACCAGCAAGCCAUUAGCAUCCUUCAGAAGGCCUCCGAGAAGGUGCGCUUGGUUGUGGCCAGGGGCUCCAUUCCUAAGCUCGUCAGCCCAGUUGUGUCCCGAACACCAUCGUCCGCAAGCACCGUGUCGGCCCACUCCAGCGCCCUGCAGCACCUUCAUUGGCAGCAUGUGGAGACCAUAGAGCUGGUCAACGAUGGCACAGGUCUGGGAUUCGGGAUCGUCGGAGGGAAAACUACAGGAGUGAUUGUGAAGACCAUUCUACGUGGAGGGGUGGCCGAUCAGGAUGGACGACUUCUCAGUGGCGAUCACAUACUCCGGAUUGGCGACACGGACCUGCAGGGAAUGGGCAGUGAGCAGGUGGCACAGGUCCUGAGGCAGUGUGGCAAUCGCGUGAAGCUGGUCAUUGCCAGAGGAGCCUUGGAAGAUUCUUCUCCUCCGCCGCCUGCCCUUCCACCAGUAGCAGAGCAGCAGGUGGAGGCACUGGCUUCAGAAGAGGACGAGGACAGUGAUGCGUUUGAUGUGCAUUUGACCAAAAACGCCCAGGGACUCGGUAUAACCAUUGCUGGUUAUGUGGGAGACAGAAGCUCUGAGCCUUCAGGUAUCUUUGUGAAGAGCAUCACAGAAGGUAGCACUGUUGAACAAGAUGGCCGAAUCCACGUUGGUGACCAGAUUAUAGCAGUGGAUGGAACCAACAUCCAGGGGUUCACCAACCAACAGGCCGUGGAGGUCCUGAGGCGUACAGGGCAGACUGUGCACCUCAGGCUGAAACGGAGGGGCUUCGGAGGUGAGCUGCAGGCACCAGCUGAACACGCGAUAGACAGACUGCUUGAGAAGGACUCGGCGGUGGAAACGGCCAGCAGCCCGGCUGCCAGAGAGCCGUCCCAGCAGUCUGCGCCGUCUUGUUUGGCAACUUGUGCUUCACCUACAGAUGAAGGAGGCGAGGAAGAAGCAGGAUAUGCCGCCAGUGAAGAAGAUCUGAAGAAGAAGUGGCAGGCCAUCCUUGGCCCGGGCUCCGAAGUGGUGGUGGCACAAGUUGUAAAGUUCAGUGAAAGCAGCGGCCUGGGAAUCAGCCUGGAGGCUUCGUCCGGCCAUCAUUACAUCCGAUCCAUCCUUCCCGAAGGGCCUGUGGGGCGCAAUGGCAAGCUAUUUAGUGGCGACGAGCUUCUCGAGGUUAACGGCAUUUCCCUCGUUGGGGAGAACCACAAGGAUGUGGUGAAGAUCCUGAAGGAGCUCCCAAUCCACGUCUCCCUGGUCUGCGGCCGCCCUAGUCAGCACAUGGAGAGCGACAGCAGUGCCAGUGACCUCCACUUUCCAGAAGAGCCCUUGUACCUGCCCGAAAAGGCACAAAUCCAUCUAAGUGGACUCAGCGGCUUCACUGAUACAGAUGAUCUGAAGAUAGAGGACAUCGUCAUGGAGGGCCUCGCAGAAGACACCUUGGCCUCCUCUUUGGCAAUGUGGGAGAAGGAAGUCCAACAUAUCGAACUCGUGAAGGGCGACUCUGGGCUGGGGUUCAGCAUCUUGGAUUAUCAGGACCCUGUGGAUCCGGUGAAGACCGUGAUUGUCAUUCGCUCUUUGGUUCCUGACGGUGUGGCAGAACGUGACGGACGACUUUUGCCAGGGGACAGGCUCAUGUUUGUCAACGACACCAACCUGGAAAAUGCCAGCCUAGAGGAUGCUGUGCAGGCCCUGAAAGGCGUGCCCGUGGGCACAGUGAGGAUCGGAGUGGCCAAACCAUUACCACUUUUGCCAGAGGAGAGCUGCGCCUUGGAGAAGGACGACUCGAUGUUCUACACAGCCCAGCAGUUUGAAGAGGAGGAGCCGGCCGAAGCCGCCGUUUUCCAUGCCGAACUCGCCCUGGUGGACAACAGUGACCCGGACGUGCCACAUGAUCAGUCGUGUGACUCACCAUACGGCGCAGAUGUGUCCAUGUUGGCUCUUCAUGGCAGCACGUGCAGCGUGGAUCUCGACUACAGGUUGACUCUUCAGUCUUCUACUCCAAAGACUGUUGACGAAGACGGCCCAUUGUCGCCAGUUCCCGAGGCUGCUGUUGGAGCCGAGAUGUCAUUUUGUACAGAGAUUCUCACAUUUCCUUCACAGUCCUGGAUGGCAUCAGGCCCACUUUUGAGGACAGAAAUGCCCAAGCCAUAUCCCUUGGAGUCCCCACAGUGCUCUGUGCCCGCUGCCGAGAGCGACGGAGGCCUUCACGACCUGGAUAGACGACUUGAACUGCCAAGUGCAGAAUGCCAGCCCGCUUCGUCAGGCAUGUUCGGCAGGGACAGAUGUGUCACCCCAAAUAUGGACUCUGGUUCAACUACUAAGGAGGAAGAAGAACUUCUGGAGGAUCACUGCUGCUUGGAUGGCAGCAUACUAACUAUGGCUGUGCCAGGGAGCCACUUUGAACGGACCAUCACUGUCGUCAAGGGCAACUCCAGCCUGGGGAUGACUGUGAGUGCCCAGAAGGAUGGCUUGGGCAUGAUUGUUCGCAGCAUCAUCCACGGUGGCUCCAUCAGCCGGGACGGCCGGAUUGGCAUUGGAGACUGCAUCCUGGCUAUCAACGGAGAGAUGACCAUGAACCUCACCAACGCUCAGGCCCGCGCCAUGUUAAGGAGACACUCGCUUAUUGGGCCAGACAUAAGCAUUUCCUACGUGCCGGUUGAAUACCUGGAGGAGUUCAGAGUCAGCUUGGGCCGCCCUGCAGAGGAUGCAGUGUCCAUUGGCGGCAGCCACUCGACUUGCGGAGAGCUGCCCGAUUUACCAGAGAGGGAGGACGGAGAAGGAGAAGAAAGCGAACUGCAGAAUGGCACCCACAACAGCUGGAAUCAGCCCAGAAGAGUGGAGCUGUUUCGAGAGCCUGGAAAGUCGCUUGGCAUCAGCAUUGUUGGUGGCCGAGGAAUGGGAAGCCGGCUGAGUAAUGGUGAGAUGAUGAGAGGAAUCUUCAUCAAGCACAUCCUCAGUGACAGCCCGGCUGGGCGAAACGGGACGCUAAAGACAGGAGACAGGAUAGUUGAGGUGGAUGGCAUGGACCUCCGAGAUGCAAGUCACGAGCAGGCGGUCGAAGCAAUCCGCAAUGCCGGAAACCCAGUGGUGUUCAUGGUGCAGAGUAUAGUGUCUCGACCUCGGUCGGUGACAGCUGACUCGGCGGAUGACAAGCCAUUUCCAUCACAAAGCAAUUUGGCCACUGAGGCGUCACUGAGUGAAAACCCAUUGGAGGGUUCGCUGCGUCCCAGUAGGCUUUUCCUAGGCCUCUCCCCAGCUAACCCCUUUGCUCCUACUCCUUUUAAGGUGGCAAGUCGCCGGGAUGCUGAAACGGGAAGAGCAUCGCCUAGUGCCGUGGCACGACUGCCAGUUGAGACCACAGCUGGUGCUGGAGGGGCAGACACCGAGGCCACCGACAGAGCCGGGUCGCCGGAGGAAGAGCAGGAGGAAUUUGGGUACAGCUGGAGGAAGAUCAUUCACCGCUACGGAAGUCUGCCUGGAGAGCUGCACAUGAUAGAGCUGGAGAAGGGCAGGACGGGCCUCGGGCUGAGCCUGGCAGGCAACAAGGACCGGUCGAGGAUGAGCGUCUUUGUCGUGGGGAUUGAUCCGAAUGGGGCCGCGGGCAAGGAUGGCAGAAUCUUGGUUGGCGAUGAGCUGCUGGAGAUCAACGGUCAGAUCCUGUACGGCAGGAGCCACCAGAACGCCUCGUCCAUCAUUAAAAGUGCACCUUCAAAGGUCACGAUGAUCUUCAUCAGGAAUACUGAAGCACUCAACCAGAUGGCAGUCGGGCCGAUGAAGGAGCUCACCAGCGAGGCCAGUGGAUCCCAGGCUGAAGGCUGCGUUUCCAUGGUGCCGCCUUCGGUGUUCGAUCUUGACCGGUUCAAAGGGGUUCAGCAUGUCGUUCUUCCCAAGGAUGACGGAGGCCUGGGCAUCGCCAUCAGUGAGGAGGACACAAAGGCAGGCGUGCUGAUCAAGAGCUUAACAGAACGUGGUGCGGCCGCCAAAACUAGCAGAAUCAAAGUGGGAGACAGAAUUUUGGCAGUGGAUGAUGAAGUUGUCCUGGGCGAGCCUGUGGAGAAGGUUAUCACUCUGUUGAAAAAAGCCAAGAGCUCCGUGAAGCUCACGCUCAGUUCAGAUGAGGAAGGCCCACCGCCCCCUCGAGUGGCUCUGCCCGUUGGCAGCAGCGAAGACUGCGAUGUGCUGCAUGCUGGCCUGGACUCCCCAGAUGUGGACCAUCAUGGCACUCUGAGCAGGUUGUGCACGCCGGCAACACUGGCAUCAGACCCAGCCACCUGUCCCAUCAUCCCGGGAUGUGAAACGACAAUCGACAUCUCGAAAGGACGCACCGGUCUGGGACUGAGCAUCGUUGGCGGAGCGGAUACGCUGCUGGGUGCCAUCAUUAUUCAUGAAGUUUAUGAAGAAGGGGCGGCCUCUAAAGAUGGCAGGCUGUGGGCCGGGGACCAGAUCUUAGAGGUUAACGGCAUUAAUUUAAGAAGUGCCACUCAUGACGAAGCCAUCAAUGUGCUGCGACAAACUCCACAGAAGGUUCGCCUGACGGUGUACCGAGACGAGGCCCAGUACAAGGAAGACGACAUGUGGGACACGUUCUCGGUGGAGCUUCACAAACAGCCGGGUGAAAGCCUGGGCCUGAGUAUCGUCGGGAAGAGGAAUGAUGCAGGCGUCUUUGUGUCAGACAUCGUGAAGGGAGGAGUGGUUGAAAAAGAUGGACAACUCAUGCAGGGAGAUCAGAUUUUAUCCGUCAAUGGCGAAGACGUCCGCACUGCCACACAAGAAGCUGUUGCCGCAUUGCUGAAGUGCUGCUCCGGAGCGAUCCGACUGGAGGUCGGCAGAUUCAAGGCAGGGCCGUUCCACUCGGAGCGCCGGUCGUCUCGCAGUAGUCAGACAAGUGAAAGUGACAGCCAUGAAAGGACAUCAUUUAGCACGCUGCCCCCAGAAUGCACCAUGGCCAGUGACUUCAACAGUGGUCUGAGGCGGCGCGCCUCGUCAGACAGAGCCGCUCUGAGGACGGUGGAGUUGACUAAGGAGCCAACGGAUUGCCUAGGAAUCAGCAUUGCCGGAGGAGUGGGAAGCCCGCUUGGAGACGUUCCCAUUUUUAUCGCCAUGAUGCACCCCACGGGUGUGGCGGCACAGACGCAGAAGCUGAGAGUUGGAGACCGAAUUGUGAGCAUCUGUGGCACGUCGACCGAAGGCAUGAGCCACUCUCAGGCUGUGGAUUUGCUAAAAAAUGCCUCGGGCGCCAUUGAGUUGCAAGUUAUUGCAGGAGGAGAAGUGAGCGUCAUUGCUGCCCAAGCCCAGGACCCACCGGGAGGGAGUCUGUCUGUCGGGGGCCUCUUCCAAGAUGAGCUGGGGCCUCCGCAGUACAAGAACAUCACCUUGGACCGGGGUCCUGAUGGCCUGGGCUUCAGCAUCGUGGGAGGCUUUGGGAGCCCACAUGGAGAUUUGCCGAUUUACGUCAAGACUGUCUUUACAAAGGGAGCUGCAGCUGAAGAUGGACGCCUAAAACGAGGCGACCAGAUCAUAGCUGUGAACGGGCAGAGCUUGGAGGCGGUCAGCCAUGAAGAAGCAGUCGCCAUCCUCAAGAGGACCAAGGGCUCUGUCACCCUCACUGUCCUGUCAUAGGCCAGCAUGUCCUCGAUGGAAACUGACAACAACAACGUGGCAGUGUGAGGACCGCCGCCACACACACACGAUAAUCGAGGGCAGUGAAGGUGGCAUCACUGCAGAGGGUCACCUCGCCACUCACAAACACACCAGUGACACUUUGACAUCUUGUGGUCACAUCAAGUCGUCCUCUCCACUCACAUGGACCUCUUUGUUUCAUUGUGCUGCUGCCAGAAUGCCACCGAGGCUGCCCCCUCCCCCAGGUCACCGCUGAAUCCAAAUAAGUGACACUGUGAGCUCCCUGCCCUGCUGACGUCACCUCCCCUCCAUGAAACUGGCAGACUCCCCUGAACUGCCUUGGUGUGUGUGUGUGUGCGCGCGUGUGUCUGUCUGUCUGCACUCCCGUGUGACACACUUGUCUCUCAUUCAGAAUUCUGAUGGCGCAGGGACACACAACCCUAACCAGCUGACCUGUACGUGUGCCACCCACACUCCCAAGUGCAGGCUUACCCUUGAGGCCCCAUGCCUGUGCCAGUGUGGCUGUUAUGAUGGGCUACCAACCACCUCCUUAUACUCCUCCUCCUCUUCAUCGCUGGACACCAGAGAGGAGUCUGAAGCCCUGAGGUGACUCCUAGUCUUCCUGUCAUUUAUCCACAGCCACCGACAUAUCAGGUGUCCUCGGCAGUUGGAAUGGAAGAUGUGCCAGUGGGCAGGGUGGCAAGGAGGAGGAUGGAGGCCAUCAAGCUGGCACAACCACCUCCAUAUAUAAACAUGUUGAUCCGUUAACAGGAAGUUGUGACGCAUCACCUGGCAGAAGGCAGGGAUUGGGGUGGCACCUGCAAGACAAGACACUUGGAAAGCUUGGCAGCCUUUCUUCAGAUGGGUGCCAACGCAGUAGAUGAAGAACAUGAAUGUGUGAACUUGAGAGGGAGACAGCAGCAGUAGGACAGCCACCUACUGUGACUCGAAUGACAUGUGUACCGAUGACUGGACAGAGUUGUCACCUGACUGCUGGGGGAUGAUGAUGGUGACAGGAUUGUUAGUGCCAGGUGUGGCAACUUUCUGUCCAUUAGCAGCAUUUUCUGUAGAAGUCCUUGAGAGCUGGCAUAGGUGGGUGAGGUGACGCGAUGUAACAGCCGAAUGCCCCUGUAGUGUCACUGACUUGUGUGUGUCAUCGUGAUUUCAAUAAAAUGAACGCUU